GAUUUUUGAAGGUCGUAGAGGGAACUUCUUAACUAUAUCUAGAUGCUCAGCCAAAGCCUCAGAAAGAAAACGCGGGAAGAUCUUCCAUCAGGCGUGCGGAACUCCGGGGGAAAAGCUCGGCCCCACCCCACCCCAUCCCGGCAUCCUUUGCGCGGUGCACUCCUCCGGUCGGCCGCCGUCAGCCGGGAGUUGCCAUGGAAACCCAGAGGCCCUAGGUAUGUCGCUGCAGCGGCCCCCUCCGUCGCGCGUGUUCGUAGAACUGGUUCCUUGGGCUGAUCGGGGCCAGGAAAACAAUUUGAUCACUGGCGGAGAAACGCGGCCCAAUGUCUGCCGCCCCCUUUCCUCAACACAGGCCCAAGCCGCGACCCGCGAAGUGCACGUCAGCGGCACUGCGGAGGUGUCUGCUAGCCCUGACCGGGCACAAGUGGCAGUGCGAGUGAGCAGCACCAAGGAGGCAGCGUCGGAGGCCAAGAAGAGUGUUGGCCGUCGCCUAGACUACAUCACGCAGUGUCUCCAGCAGCAGGGAUUGCAGGAAGAAAAUGUAACUGUGACAAAGGAUUUUAGAAGAGUGGAAAAUGCUUAUCACAUGGAAGCAGAAGUUUGCAUUACAUUUACUGAAUUUGGAAAGAUGCAAAAUAUUUGUAAUUUCCUCGUUGAAAAGCUAGAUAGUUCUGUUGUCAUCAGUCCACCCCAAUUCUAUCAUACUCCAGGCUCUGUUGAGAAUCUUCGACGGCACGCCUGUCUUGUUGCUGUUGAGAAUGCAUGGCGCAAAGCUCAAGAAGUCUGUAACCUUGUUGGCCAAACCCUAGGAAAACCUUUACUAAUCAAAGAAGAAGAAACAAAAGAAUGGGAUGGCCAACCAGAUAAUCAUCAGUCAUCCUCAAGUUCAUUAACUAUACAACAAAAAAUCAAAAGUGCAACAAUACAUGCUGCUUCAAAAGUACUUAUAACUUUUGAGGUAAAAGGGAAAGAGAAGAAAAAAAAACAUCUCUAAAGUUCCAAACAAAAUAUGUUGUAUUUGUAUUUUUUUUAUCUAUUUUUGUACUUUUUAUAAAGUUUCCUUUUGUCCUGAGUACAUAUGUUGGAUAAUAGAUAAACUGUUUCUUUAUAAGAUUUUUAAGUCCUUGAAUAUAGUUCCACAGAAUGUUUACCUUUUGUUUUCAAGAACUGAGAAAUGUUCUUGGGAAAUAAAUGUAAUAUAUGCACACUUCUGUAUACCAACAAUUCAUACAAGUGCAUGCACGAUAUUUACAAUAUAGGAAAAAAACUGACACUUUUAUUUCAUCCAUGUUCUUAUAUGACACCACAUUUUAUAUAAAAACUAGGCUUCCACAACUUAAAAUUUUUACAUAUAAAAGGAAAUCUUACCAUCCCAUCAGACCUAAUAAUUUUCUAAAUUCAUGAGUUUGGUUAUUUACAAACUAGUAAUUUAGCCUGUUACAGUUUCUUAGAUGCUGACAGAAUACAUGAGACUCCAGGAACAGAAACAAAGGAGCAUGAACAUCAGCAUAUUGUCAUUGGCUCCGGUUGUCCCACGUUACAUAGGGAAGCACAAUAUGGCUGUAAACAUAACUACACAUUCAGCAGGUUUCUUAUACCUGAGGACUACAGAGCUUGAAAAAUUCACUGCUUUUUAUUAUGAACAAAAGCAAACCUCUUUAUCCUAGAAGGCAUUGCCUCUUCCUUCAAAGAUGCUCACUGUAAACUCAGUCCUUAGAAAUAGCUCAGGUAAAGAGUAGUCACACCUAGCAAGAAAUGUAGGGAAGAGGAAAUUCAUAGAAGACUCUCUUUCUCAACGUAUCUGAUAAUUUUCUUACUAGAUCCAGACCAUUUUAUGAAGAUGCAGACCAAUAACUUCACAACAUUAACAAAAAGAAUGAUAAACAAUACUUUUGAAUAAAAGGACAAUAAGGUAUACUAGGAAAAUAUUGAUGCCCCAAAUUGACAUAAUGUAUGAAUUAGACUCUCUUCUACAGUGCUUGUUAGAUGAUACUAGCACCUGUGUGAUACAAGCUACAUGUGUAAAGCAAAAUUUCCUAGUAGGUGUAUUAUAAAAGUAAAAAAACAGUUAAAAGUAAUUUUAAAUAAUGUAUUUUAUUUAAGUCAUUAUAUCCAGAGUAUUAUCAUUUUGGUAUAUAAUAAAUAUUUUUAAAAUUAUUAACAAUAUACUUAUAUUCUUUUUUGUACUGUCUUAAAAUCCAGUAUAUCUUAUGUUACAGCACAUCUCAAUUCAUAUGCUAAAUUUUUAUCAUAAAUACUUGAUCUGUAUUAAAUUCCUAUACUGAGAAGUUGGAAGAAUUGAUUCACAUAUCCAGUUGUUCCAAACAUGUUUAAGUUAUCCAGUAACUAGAUCAAGUAUCAAUUUUGAAAUUAAAAUUUAAAAAUUUAAAAUGCACUUCCUUGGUUACAUUGCCACAUUUGAAAUACUUGAGAGCCAUAAAAAGGUAUUGCCUACCUAUUUAAACAAAGCAGGGUCAUACACUGAUAUAUAAUGAUCCUUAAGCUAUUUAACAAGUACAAACCAUUGCUAUCGAAUUAUAUAUUGUUUAUAAGCAAUCAUAUCACAAGUCUGUUACACCAUAUGCUUUCCAUUCACCUAGUACAUAGAAUUUUUCCAUACAUCUAGGACAUAGAAUUUUUCCUUUAUAUCAAUAUUUCUUUCCAACAACAUAUUCCAGGAUGUAGUGUUCAUCACUCCUUGCUUUUCUUAAGUAGCCCUGAAACAAGUAAAAUUUAAUCAUGUGGGCAGAUUGUUCUUAGCCAUGGGCUUCAUAAUAUAUUGGGUUCCAUCAUAUUUGUUAAAGAAGAUUAUCAAUUGAGCAUGAAAUACCUAAGGCAAAUUUUUUUUUUUUUAGUUAGCAAGCACUUGUUUAAAUUAAAAGAAUAAAGAUUGUUGCUUCAAAAAAAAUCUGCAGAAUGUAAUCUUGCACUUCAAUAGAGUGGCUACGGAAAGAAAUCCUUCAGAAAUUAGACUGGUUUUAUCUAUGGCAUCCUGUACACCUAGAUUAAAGGUCUCAAAUUUAGUUGUAAUUUAAUAAGGUUAAUUUCUGACACAAGCAUGAACUGGAGUUUCACAAUGAAUUAUGCAAGGAACCUAAACAACAAAAGCCUACUGGAAAAAAAAAAAAACCUUUCCUAAACCUAAUCCUAACA